CCGCUCCCGUCGCGCCGCCCAGUCAGCCGCAGACAUGGCAGCGGCCGCUCGGAGGCUCCGCGCUGCUGCUGCUGCAGCUGCGGUGCUGCUGGCGGCUGGGACGGCCACGGCCGCGAAGGAAGGUCACAGGAAUAAAUAAGACCGGAGUCGCCUGUCCGCUACACCUCUUCCUCCCCCCCUCCCCCUCCCCACAUCCCUCUCUUCUCCUCCUUGCCACCCUCUAAUAAUGUGGAAACUCAACAAGAGCGGCAAAGUUCUCCUGGAUGAUUCUCCGGAGGAAGAAGAGAGCCAGUCCCAACCUCCAGCAACACCAGCAGCUACCUUCUCAGCACAGGUUCAAGGAGCAGGUUUUCGUGGUUGGAAGGAAGUAACAUCCAUAUUUAAUAAGGAUGAUGAACAACAGUUACUUACAGGAUGUAAAUCUCCAAAAUCUAAAGGAACAAGCUUAAAAUUAAAAGAGGAUGUGAAAUCCGAAAAGAAAGCUGGAUUUUGGGACAGUUUGGUGAUAAAACAGAACAUCCAGUCCAGGAAGCCAGACGAAAUUGAAGGAUGGGAGCCACCACAGAUCCCUGCCAGUGAUAACCUCAGCGACACUGGAAGUACUCUGAGUGACUAUCCAUCUUGGUCAGGUUGGGAAGACGAAACCAAAGGCUCCACAAAAUACACCAACCUGGCAAGCUCAGGAAAUACAUCAAGAUGGAGCAUCAGAUCAGCUGGAAGGUUGGUUAGCAUAAGGCGACAAAGCAAAGGCAACCUUACUGAUAACUGGGAAGAACUAGAAUGACAUACAAAAUGUGAAAUGUUCUAUAAGUGAUGAUAAGCGACAUGGUUAUGUAUAUCUUCAAACCAAAAUCAAAACUGCUUAAUAUUGCACCUUUACAGAAGAGUAUUCAAAUUGUCCAACCAUCUGCUCACCUUAUCCUAUGUUUCUUAGUUCUUCCGUUUUCCAUAUUGAAUGAAGUCGAGCACCUACUUUGUGCCUAUAUUUCCCACAUAUUCUAUAGCACCUUGGCUCGCUUUUUUAAAAAACAAAACCCCCACAAUUUAAUGAAUGUAUACACUGGUUGAAUAUUUGACUGCCUUACAUAAGAACUUCUCUAGUUUGAAGUUCUCUCUUUCCUAGUUUUCAGACAUCAAAGAUCUAUAUUUUGAAUGCUGACCCUGUUGUGUAAAAGUGCUGAUUUGCCGUUUGACACUGCAUUGUUUCAGCUUGAUACAUUGCUUUCUUUGUCCUGAACAUGAACACAUGAUUCUCAGGCUGGAACGUCGAAGAUCCUGCAUUUCCCCUAAAGUCCUGAAUUGCACAUGACUUGUAAGAACCCAACACAUACGUGUUUCUUCUUCCGUUACAAAAUCUUCGCUGAUGAAUUUCAGGCGUCCUUGUAUUAUGUUGAUUAAUCAAUAAUACGGCUAAAACAGGUUUGCAAUCAUCCCAAACCACAUAACCACAGAUGAAUGAGGUGACCGCUAAGAUCUGAUUUAUGUAUUCCCUAAGUGCUGUAGCAGGCAACAAAAGUAGCUUUUAUAUGCUUGGGCUUCACAUUGCAGUAACAACAUACAAAAGGGCCCAUCGCCUCAAUAACCUAGGUCACACAGGUACUUUCUAUACUAGUACAGUCUGAAAUGGGUCUCUGUGUGCAUUACCAAUGCAGUAGGGAGCCUACCCUUAUGACCAUGAGUGCUGUCAGCAUCUACUAUAUCAUUUAGGAAAUGUAGGAAUCAGGCCCAAUUGUCAGAAAACUAUCUGUUUGAAGGGUUAUCAUUGCUUUUUUCCUUCUGUCCCCAUUCCCUCAAACUAUGAUUCCAUGUUGCUCUUUUGCAGGACGUGUUUGAUGUUCUCUUGGCAUUUACAGAAUGACAGUAGUUAAUGCUCUGUCUCUGCUAUGUACAAGGGUUAUUUAAGUAUGUGUAUUUGCUGUUGUGAGGUUUAGUCUUACUGGUUGCUGCUACUUUUUUAUUAAUAACAAAGAGCUAUGCAUUAUAGUGCACAUGGGAAGUUGGAAAUGUACUAUAGGUAAAGUUUAGGGUAUCUCACACCCCCGAGUACUUUCACCUAUCCAUUUUAUUUAAAAUUGUCCAAUUUAUGAGAUUGGAGUGACAUAAAGGCACUGUAAUUCAGUGUACUCGCACCACUGUGACAGAAGAAGUCCAAUACAUCAAUUUAACGUCUCCUUUCAAUCAUAACAUAAGAUAUACACAUAUGUGUUACAUGUGUGCCAUUUUUGCAUCUGUGAUAGCCAAAUUCUAACAUUUAGCUAUAUGAUACAAGAUAAUCUGCUGCAUAGAAGACAAAUUGUUAAUGGUCAGAAUAACCGAGCACCACAACUUUCAUUUCUUAUGACUUGGCUCUGCGUACAACUUUCUUCAAUGGCUGGAGAUCUAACUGGCUCAGAAUGAUUUUGCCCAGUUCUUCAGUUCUUGCAAAAGGAAGUCUUAGCCCUGACACUACUUGGAUGAAAGUAGCAAAUUGUCAGUAAAAGAGGAAAAAUAGUAGACAGGAGUCACCAGAGAGCCAUCUGUUCGUCUAGCUGCCACUAUUACUGAUCUGAAUAUGAAAAAAACCAUGUUAAAAGUGCCUUGUUCUAUAAUACUGCAUCAUAAAUGCUCAAACCUUUUAAUUACUUCCUUGUUCCUUGUGAACACUUGUUUAAUACUCUGUAAAACGAAUAUCAAUCCAAGAUGCUAGACUUACCUAUUUCUCCCAAAUUAUGAAUCUUUACUUGACACUGAUGCUGAGCCUAUGUACCACAGCUUGUGUAAUACCUUAUUCAGCAAUAUGGACACCUUUAAAAAAUUCAAGAUUUGCUUCCAGUGAGAUCAGCAAUUUUUAAACAAAAUGAAAUGUUUUAUAACUAUGCAGACUAUCCAUUUUAUGUUUUCAUAAUUUAAUAGCCCAUUCCACAUAAAAAGUUGUCACCCAGUGACAACAGCUGAUGGUAAAGUUUCUGUCACUGGUGGAUACAACCCAAAGAUUUUACACUACUCUUGUGCAGGUUGCAGGAUUCUGUGGACUCGUCUGUCACAGCUAGAGAGUGCUUGUGGAACAAGAGCUGUCCUCCUGUUCUGUUCAAGUAGCCUGCAGCUUGGAAUUGCACUAUUAGUCCAACUCUUCUUGCUCUCCCCCCCCCCCCCCCGGAAAUGUAUUUGAAGCCAAUAGCAUUUGUGCUAUUUUGGCAGGAGGCCACAAAAAGCUUAUAUCCUUUCCAACACCAAACUGUACCCGCUUGCUAUGGCAAUACAAUAUUGUGCUUUGUAGGGUUGGGAUUUUCAGCUGUCACACAACUGAACCUGUAUUGAAAAAUGCAGAUUUGUUUAGGCAAGCUAAAAGCAGAGGAUGCAAACCAGUCAAAGCUGACGCUUGUAAGUCUCAUUCGGUUGAAUGGAAAAGUGAAAUGCAUGUUUAACUUUCACACAUAGAAAUAAGUAAGACUUAACACUGCUUGACUUUGGCUAGACCAUGUUCUGAAUUUUAUGUCUUAGAUAUAAUUGCAGAAUAUAGCCAUUUUCUUUAUGCAAAGAUUUCUAUAGUUUACAGUCCUUUGGAGGGCCUUCAUACAGCAGGAACUGAAUUGCGGGACGUUGGCACUGAGCUCUUUCUUGG